UGUAAAUAUGCAUUUGAGACAGAGUGAUAUGUAGAAGCUGAAAAUGCCUGGAAGAUUUCUGUCCCUCCUUUUCCUGUCUGUUUGCGUCUCUGCCGAUUGGAUGCUAUGAUGUUCAGAGAGACAGCUUAAUUAAUCCAAGUCGUCCUUCAGUGAAACACGCGAGUGGCGGGAGACUGAGUGCACAGAGUUCAGGAUGGCCAGCCAGCCACCCGAAGACGCCGCCGAGUCCCAGGUCUCUGACGAGCUCGAGUGUAAGAUCUGUUACAACCGGUACAACCUGAAACAGAGGAAACCCAAAGUGCUGGGGUGCUGUCACAGGGUGUGCGCCAAAUGCCUCUGCAAGAUCAUAGACUUUGGGGACUCCCCGCAGGGCGUCAUCGUCUGCCCUUUCUGCAGGUUCGAGACCUGCCUGCCGGAUGACGAGGUCAGCAGCCUGCCUGACGACAACAACAUUUUGGUCACCUUGACUUGUGGCGGCAAAGGCAGGAAGUGCCUGCCCGAGAACCCCACGGAGCUGCUGCUGACCCCCAAGCGCCUGGCCUCGCUGGUCAGCCCCUCCCACGCGUCCUCCAACUGCCUGGUCAUCACCAUCAUGGAGGUGCAGCGGGAGAGCUCGCCGUCGCUGAGCUCCACGCCCGUGGUCGAGUUCUACAGGCCCUCCAGCUUCGACUCGGUGACCACCGUGUCGCACAACUGGACGGUGUGGAACUGCACGUCCCUGCUCUUUCAGACGUCCAUCCGGGUGUUGGUCUGGUUGCUGGGUCUGCUGUACUUCAGCUCCUUGCCCUUGGGCAUCUACUUACUGGUGUCGAAGAAGGUCACCCUCGGGGUCGUCUUUGUCAGCCUGGUCCCUUCCAGCCUCGUCAUCCUGAUGGUGUACGGCUUCUGCCAGUGCGUUUGUCAUGAAUUCCUCGACUGUCUGGCACCUUCCUCUUAAUCGGCACAAAGAAAUUUAACAGACGUUGCCAUGUUUGAAGUUAGGUCAUUUAGCUCUUCUUUUCUUGCAUAUUCCAUGAUCGGUGCCCAAGGCAUGAACAGCCCAUUGGGCAUAUGUUCGUGGUCCAUUUUCCAUCAGAAGGUUGAUUCAGCUGGUUUUCCUGUAUGCUGGAAGUGAAAAUGUUCGUUUCUACUUACGUGUUAGCAAAAAAAAAAAAAAAAAAAAGGGCUAUCAGCUAAGCCUCCCUAGAGUGCUUCUUCUGAGUCCUCCCAGAGAAAGGGCAGGUUUCGCUCUGAGCUGCUAGAUGCACAGCAGGGGCCAGGCUUGUAAUGCUGCAGUAGGGCUCUUUGUGGACCGUUAGGCAUGAAUUGAUUCCUCUUCUCAUAGUCAUUGAGAGCCUGGGAUGGAGGGUGGACCCAAGGGGAGAGUAGCCCCCAAGACACGCCCUUUUGCACAGUGCGCAGCCCCCGCCCCGCCCCCUCAGCUGUUGGCAUUUCCCUGGCUCCCCUUCCGCCCUGGUGCUGGUUCCUUCUGCGCAUGCUCCUUGCCAAGAGGCCCCCGUCACCUCUUGUGAGGUUUCAACUCUGUACCUGUUUUGGCACAUUACUAAAGAGCAUUAAAAAUAUUGAGGAAUUUGCAUCAGAGUAAUCUGCAAAGCAGAGUGUGGCCAUUUGUUUUUGAGACGCACCCUUUUCUCCACGUUUAUUUUCUGCUCACCAGUUUUCUCUGAAAUUGUCAUGGAGCAGUUCUU